CAUUCCUCCUCGAUUGCUCGACAUGUUGGAUUGGAGGUCGCUGCUCUUAUGCAGUGCUGGUUCUUCUUGUGAGGAAAACCGCACGCGAAUCACGGCAGAAGUUGGGAGUCCUUUUGAUUAGAAAGCAGUUUGCAAUACAGCGGUCGUCAGUUCAGCUUUUGUCGCGAGAGAUCUAUCUCCAGAUUGCAGCGACUUUGCAUCCGAAGCAGCCAUCGCAGCCAUAGCGUGGCUUUCCUCUGCUUCUUCGCCUAUUUACUAUUUACAGGCAAUCACCUGCUAAGCUACACUCUAUUGCGACCACGCAGGCCGCACAGGCCACUGAAUUAGGCCAACAUCCACCGUCGCUUUCUCAAGAAGCAACGACUGUCCCCUGAUUGGCGGGACUAAUCGACUCAGAGUCAGGCACGACUGCCAUCUUCAGCGUAGCGAAGCGACGCCACUGCUGCCACUGUACCACGGCAAAAGUAGCGACGCCAUCUGUACCGUAGUUCACGCUGCGGAAACGCUCGUCACCGCAAAGCAUCGCAUCGCAGACCGAGAUAUUUUGGGUGCAAUUUUCGCACCUGACCGUACCUGAGCUCGCAACCACUUACAACCAGUGUGCAAGAGCCUUGACCGCUUCGGGCUUUCGGCCCGGCCGAGGGGCUAGUACAGCCAAGGCAACCAGCUUCAGGCAACGAUCCGCCUAGUAAAGCCAGACCCGGCGAGCUUAAGACGCACGACCCCGACAGGGUCGUUCGCUUAUUCUCUACCAUUCUCUGAUCCCUUCCUCGUCUGUCCUCGACUCGACCCUUUGCGAUCUCCGCUGGAACAAUCUAACCCCCUUGGAACACCAACCAAUAAGCUCCGACCAAUUGCAGCCCCUUCCGCUUUUCUCCGUCCACUUUUCUGGUUCGAGUUUUCUCCGUCCGAUCCCCUCCUGGUGUUCACCCUCUCUUCGCCGCCAUGAAUCAGCCGUGCGCGCUCCGCCGCGAGCUGGCUGCUCGCGGACUUCCCCCCGCGGCAAUCGCGCAAGCCCUCGCGCCGAAUGCGGCGCUCGGACAGAUCGUCUACGGAUUCGCGGCCCUUCCUCCGCCUUGGCCACCGUCGCAGUCUCCGUCGCCGGCGUCAUCGCCUGGCGACGUGCCGUCGCCGUCGCCGUCGCCGUUAUCCUCUUCCUUCGCCAUGAUGGCGCCGAACCCCGCGGCGAUCCUGAACCGAGCGGUCUUCUCGGGGCUACUACCGGCGCAGUCCGCAUCGCAGACUCCGAAUAUCAUGAUCAUCCCGCAAGGGACGCCUGACAUGAUUCCGCAAAUGACGCAAAGGACGCAGAUGACUUCCGAGUGGAUCCCACAAAUGACGCCGGAAAUGGUGCGCCAAAUCCAGCUUCUGGCGGCGGCUCAAGGCGUGCCGCGCUUCCAGCGAGGUGGAAUCGCCGGGGACGGCAGAGAUCGAAGCUGCGAGGUCGCCGGGGACGGCUGCGGUACGAAUCGCAGCGGCGACGGUCAGCCGUAUUCCAACCAUCCCUCGAUUCCGCAGCCGCCCGCUUUCCAGCCGCUCCCCCCGGCAGCUGGUCACCACCCCGCAACGCGUCAGCCCUUAACGCGUCGCCCGUCCGCGGGUGGGGAAAUCAAUCUCUCCGCCGCCGACGUUACGGGUUCCCCUAGGAGGGGCCUCAAGAGACCUAACGCGGACACUAAUCUGGUGAAUCACAAAAGCGCGGCUACUAACGCGAGCGCGCCGCCUGCCGCCACUGCCGCAGCCGCUCGCCGCCGCGGGAGCAUUGGCUCCGCGGACGACGGCGCAAGCUCUGGCGGAAGCUCCAGCGGAGGCGGCGAUAGCCCUCGGCCGGCGGAAGAACACGCGGUAACAGGGGGGGCGACGGCGGGAGCGACGGCGGCAGCGGCAGCGGCGGCGUGGGAGCAGCACCAGUGGUCACGCGGACUGGCGGAGCUGGUGACCGCGGACGGGUACCGGUGGCUCAAGUACGGCGCGAAGAAGCUGAGCACCAAGAACGGCGGCCAGCGCAGGGCGUACUACCGAUGUGCCGCCAGCUCGCCACAUCACCGCUCGGCAGGCUCCGCGCCCUGCCCCGCGCGCAAGGUGGUGAACUCGCACCCGCUGCGCCCCUUCGACCUCACCGCCGUCACCGUGGAGUACCUCGACGACCACAACCAUCCUCUGGAGGGGGAGAGGGAGCGGGUCGCUGUGCGCGAUUAUAAGGGGCGGAGGGUUCCACGCAGCGGGGAGGAUGCUGCUGCUGUUGGUGUCAGCCCGUUUGUUGUUGCGGAUGAUGGUGUCAGCCCUCUGAGCCCUGCGACUGCUGCUGGUGAUGUCAAGCUAGUGACUGUUGCUGAUGUCAGCCCAUCUGUUGCUGCGGAUACUAACCCUUGGACUGCUGCUGCGGACGUCAGCCCGGCAACUGUUGCUAGUACUGGGGCGUGGACUGCUGCUGAUGCCGAGAAUUGCAGCUCGGUUGCUGCAGAAUGCUCCUCUGCCAUUCCCACUCCUCACACAAGACCCGUUCUCGUUAAAAAUGCGGGUGAUGACGUCCGCCUGCCUUGCAGUGGCGUACCACCUGAUUACAGAGCUUCAUCUGAAGAAGAUGCUUUCGAGUUCAGAGAUUUCAUGGGUGUGGGUGGCAAUGGCAAGGAGUCGGGCCUGGAAGGCUGUGUGAAUGCGGACGAGGUGGGUCAUGAUAUCUCCCGCAGCAACAGUGGUGUAACUGAGCACCGCGACGAUACGGUGGAGCAGCUCUUACUGAGGACAGCUGCUGCAGACCAUAACGAGGGGAGUGGGGCUAUGGAUGAUGGGCAAGUGGAUGUGGAGUUGCACCUUGCCUGCUCUUAUGGUAAUGUGGAGCAGCAUAUGGAUGCUCGCGUUUUCCAAGGCAAGUUCCCUUCUGGGAGUGAUAAGAACGGGGAUGAGGGGUGCAAAGAGAAUUCCAAGAGGUUAAAGCUGAAUGAGGGCAGGCCCUUUACCUCUCCUUGGCCUGUGAUGAGCCUACCCUACCAAAGGACGUCUGUAGGAUUCAAUUGCGAAGCUCCACAUAGAGUUUUGACUCGAUAUUAUGGGUAAAUAAGCUUAUGCAUGCUUCUUUUUUGUUUGCUUAGCAGUUACGUACGGUUUUGUCUUUAAAUUCAUCAUGUGAUGCCAUCCAUGGAUUCGUUCUGCAUUCCUGGAUAG